ACUGCAGAUCUACAAGUUUAUCUGGGCCGCUCCACAGAAUACCAGGCAAUAAUAGCACUUAAAAUCCAAGAAUAAUAAUUAGUCAAAAAGAAUAAUAAAGGUCUCCGCUAUAUAUCGUAAUCUCACACGCACGCAUUUCAAUCUAUCCUCUGCCACCUGCCUUCUUUAUAAGCCACCCCGUUGUUUCCAACUCCCACCUUCCUUUAAACACUUUUUACUACACACAUCCACACUCACUCCCACCGCACCUUAAUGGAUAAUCCUAAAGGCACUGUCGUUUUCACCACCGUUGGCCGUCCAUCCUACGGCUUCGACGUCUUCUCCAUUAAACUCCCUUCUGAUCUUAACAGCUUCCACUUCUCCAACUCCGAUGAGCACUGCCUCACUGACGGCACAUCCAUCAACUACAACGCCCAAUUCGUCACCCAACAGCACCAUCAAAAUCAAUCGAUUGUUUACAUAUCUGAAAGAUCUGGCUUCCCUGCAAUGUACUUAUCAAAACCUAAUCUUUCCAAACCUGAGCAACUACCAUCUGCUCCCGAAAGCCUUUUCCACGACCGUCCGAUCAUUAAGAAUGACCGUCUCUACUUCAUCUCAGCUCAUGAAAAGCCAGACCAGCUUUUCAGAAGCUGGUCAGCUCUUUACUCCACUGAUCUUAGUCAUAGUCGUCGAGAAGGAGAUAAUGUUACUCGUUUGACCCCUUUUGGUGUUGUUGAUUUCAGUCCUGCUAUUUCCCUUUCUGGCAAUUUCAUAGCUGUUGCAUCUUACGGCUCUCGUCCUUGGAGUGGCGAAUUUCACGAGCUUAAUACGGAUAUUGUUGUUUUCAAAGCAUCGGACCCGGAUAAACGAGCUGUUGUUUCUGAGAGAGGUGGUUGGCCCACUUGGUCGCUUGACUCCGCCAUUUACUUCCAUCGCCAAGCUGAAGAUGGAUGGUGGAGCAUUUUCCAGGUCAAAUUCCCUGAAAAUAUGGAUGACGUCUCUGGGUCUGUAAACGCUCCGCUUCGGGUUACUCCGCCAGGGGUACACUGUUUCACUCCUGCUGCUAUGCAUGACGGCAAAAGAAUUGCUGUCGCGACUCGUCGGCCUGACAAGAAGUACAGGCAUAUUGAGAUAUUUGAUCUUGCCUCAGGGACAUUUUAUCCUGUUACUGAGCUACUCAACCCGAGUUUACAUCACUAUAACCCUUUUGUUUCUGCAGAUUCGUUGUUUAUCGGGUACCACCGGUUUAGAGGCGGGUCGGGUCAUGGAGAGAGAACGAUCCGUAAUCUUGAACCUGUUAGAUCUCCGAUUAAGGAUCUUCGUAUGCUGAGACUGAACGGAUCAUUUCCCUCAUUCUCUCCAGAUGGUAAUUUGAUGGCAUUUAACCCUGACUUUGUCGAUUCAAGUGGCGGGUUAAAAGUUGUUAAAUCAAACGGUUCAAAGCGAUGGACUUUAAUCAAGGACCGGGUAGCGUUCUGCAACUCAUGGAGCCCGACAGAGAAACACGUCAUCUUUACAUCUCUUGGUCCAAUAUUUGAGUCAGCAAAAACAACUGUGCAGAUUGCACGCGUCACAUUUAAACCAUCUGAUCUCAAGUCUGAUCAUAAUGAAGUAUCCUGUGAUGUAAAGAUCCUGACGAGAGAAGAUACUGGUAAUAACGCCUUCCCAUCAUGCUCCCCAGACGGCGAGUCUCUGGUGUUUCGAUCUGGGCGAUCUGGUCAUAAGAACUUGUACAUAAUUGACGCCGUUGAGGGGGAGUUCAACGGUGGUAUACGUCAAUUAACAGAAGGGCCGUGGAUCGAUACAAUGCCAAGUUGGUCACCUAAAGGAGACCUGAUAGCGUUUUCUUCGAACAGACAUAAUCCGAACAACGUUAAUGCAUUUAGCAUUUAUGUUAUAAGGCCGGACGGCUCUGGCUUGAAGAGAAUCCACGUGGCGGGAUCAGAAGGAUCGAGUGAAGGGGAGAGAGAGAGAAUAAACCACGUGUGUUUUAGUCGAGAUGGAGAGUGGCUUUUGUUUACAGGCAACUUAGGGAGUGUUACAGCUGAGCCAGUGUCGUGGCCCAAUCAAUUCCAGCCAUAUGGAGAUUUGCAUGUGACCAGGUUGGAUGGGAGUGGAUUGAGCAGGCUGACAUGGAAUGGUUUUGAGAAUGGCACGCCAGCAUGGCACCCAAGGAGUGAGCUGGAGUUGGAUAGUUUGUGUUUGGAUGAAGAUGUGGAGGAUAAGCUUACAGGUCAAUUUGAUGAUCCACUAUGGAUAAAUUGCGAUAUCUAAUCUUUAUAUCUGAUAUUUCAUAUUCAAGCAAAUUGGUUUUGUCCAGUUGUAUUUCUUGCCACGCAUUACAUGUAGGAAUAAAAUGUGGCAUGUUGUAGUGUCAUAAUAAAAUAAAUAUCUUGAGAUUUUAAUUUGUUA